AUGCCGUUUGACUUCUGGGAUGAUGUUGUACUGCCAGCAUGGCAUGACAUAGCUCCAUGCCAGAUUGCACAUGAAUCACUCAAGAAUGCUAUCAUGGCAAUUGAUGAACAUCAUCCACGUAUCAGCAGAGAUCCCAUGCUGAAGAGACAUGUGUUGGGUUUGAAGGACGAAUACGCUAUUGUUAAUAGUUCAGGAGAGGACAGGUUAGCUGCCUACGUUGGCUUCUUGAUUACCUACAAGAGAGGACCAUCAGGUGUCCAGAACUUGAUUCAAGCCAUCCAGUCUUCAUCUUUCCCAUCCAAUGGUGUUGUUGGUGGAGUGCUGGAGAGAAUUUGGCAAGCUCGUAAGAAUGAUCAUCCUGAUGAAGAUGUCAAGGAUCCAUAUUUCUUCACAAGGGUUGUCAAGACCAACCUACCACAGAUCAUCGCCAAACUAGCGACCGUACCAGAUAUAGUGCUCACUGAAGUAUUUGGAUAUGUCGACCUGCAUGAUCAGUUUAUCAGCACUUAUCGAACGGCAUGUGAGGUGGCCGGUCAUGUACAUGAUCUUCCACUUUGCUGUCAAUCAGCAAUUGGGGCGUCUUUACUGUACCCAUUGGGCAGCUUUCUGUUUCUCUUUUAUCACUUGCACCGUCCUGAUCUCACUCAACGACUGGAUAAAGAUUUCCUGAUCAAGAUCGACCGUGAGGCAGGAUGUGAUGGGAGUAGUCUUGUCCGACUGUUGAAUUUGGCUAUUGAUUUACAGAGCGAAAGAGGUACCGCAAUGUCAAUGAUGAAUGAUGAAGGUGCGAUUGCAUUGAGAGAAGGACCAGGAGAAUCAGUUCAAGCUGAUAAUGGCCAGUACGCAGCAGCUCUCAGUGAACUGAUGAAGGAAGGUGUGCAGCUGAUACCGUAUGGCCGACUGAUAAUGUGCGGGCCAGGCCGCACAGGCAAGAGCAGCUUCCUGCGAUCCCUCCUGCGUCAAACGUUCAUGUCUCAAGUCGACAGCACAAUCGGUGUGGAGCUGGAGAAGGUGAUCUGCACCAUCGAGAAACAAGGGUCACAAUAUGUAUGGAAUCAAGCUGAAGAUUCUUACCAGCAGCAGUUGGCCCUGACGCACAGAGCUGUUGGACAAGAGCAAAGGAAGAAAGAGAUAGUAGCAGCACUGAGACAACAAGGUGUGGAGAUCCCAAAGAACACCAGGUCCACAUCCUCCAUGCCAUCAACUCCUGCAACAUCACCAUCCGCUGUGAUUGAGACUGAGCAAGCAGAUACAGCCAGUGUGAGUGAAUCUGCUAUCAGCCAACGUGAUGAAGCCACCCACACCGGGUACUCUGGUCAAUCAGCUACCAGUUCAUCUGAAACCAUGGACUCUCAGAAUGUUCCCACUGCAUCCAAGCCGGAGGAGGUCUCAACCAUGAGUGUAGAACAGGUAGCAACAGCAGAGCAAGAUGUGCAGCAGCUACAGACGGAAAUCAACUCAGCAACGUUGAAGUUUGAAAGCUUCCUUGAAGAUCUGAAGAAGGGCAAAAGUGAAGUUUUCACUGCAGAGCAUCUGAAGAACCUGACAUUUAUAGAUGUCUGGGACUUUGCUGGUCAGAAGCUGUUUGCAGCGAUCCAACACAUGGUCCUGGCCUGUGAUCGGUGUGCAUAUGCUGUCGUCUUUGAUGCCUCAAAGAAGCUCCAGGACCGAGCGAAGCCGACGUUUGGUGUAGACGGUGAGGAACUGCCGCUUUCCAACAGCCUGGAGCAGACCAACUUUGAUGUGAUGGAGACGUGGUUCAACGCUAUCCACGAGGUUAUUGGAGACAGCGACAACGUACCCGUGUUUGCCAUUGGCACACAUGUGGACAAGUUACCAAAGAAGCCAGAAGCAAGGAAGAAGACAACUGAAGAGAUAAAGAAGUACAUAUUGGCCAAUGCAGAUGGUAAGGCCUAUGCAAACAACAUCGACAAGGUGGUAUUUGUGGACAACACACGAGCUGGCAAGGAUCCGGAAGACCCAGCAGUUGUUCAGCUACGGCAAGACAUCAUCCAGCAGCUGCAGCAUCAGUUCAGCGUUGCCAUACCAUUUCGUUGGCUUCCUGUAACCAUCUCCAUUGGGCACAUUGCAAAAUCGUUUGAACGACCAUGGUUGUCGGUUGACGAGCUACGUCGCUUGGCCAUUGCUGUUGGUAGCAUUUCCAGUGAGGAUUCGGAGUCUGAUUUCCAGGAGAUGUUGAAGUUCCAACAUGGUCUUGGUCAUUUGCUUCACUUUGUUCACAAUGCCCGUCUUCGUGAUCGUGUGAUCAUUGACAUCCACUGGGUUCUGAAGACCAUGUCACUGCUCUUUUGUCCUGAACCAAAGGAUAUGCAGAGCAAGCGUCUACGUCCACAAUAUGACUUGCUGACUCAGGAUGGCAUCCUCCUGGAAAGUCUUGCCAUGCACCGCUGGUCACAGCACAAUCGUAUGACAUCGCGCUACACGGCCACAGAAGAACAGCGUGAUUUCCUGUUUGAGAUGGGUGAGCACUUUGCCCUGUUCUACAACACCAAGACAACUGUGAAUGUGCCUGGUCAGAGGAAGGAGGUGACAACUCGCAAGUUCUUUGUACCAGCACUAGUGGAGCGAGUUGCACGUCUUCAAGAUGAAUUGAGCAAAGGCAAGCCAAGUCCAGCUAUGUACCUGUACAGUGGUGCAGAUCGUUACUUUCCACAAACCCUGUUCUGGUGUGGUGUUGUGAGGUGUAUGCAACGCUACAGUCCAAAGGUGGAUCCUAUCCUUUAUCACACAUCAGCACGUAUUCUGGUGAAUGAUCGCUUCUGGCUGGUCAUGCAGUAUUUCCAGCAUGGCAUUCGUCUGUCACUGGAGAUUCCUGUCGCAGCUGGCACGGCUAAGUCUUCUACCGAUGCUGGUACUGGCGUGGACAAGUCAGUUGGCUCUCCUGACAUUGGUGUCGCAGCAAGCAAGGACGAGUCCGCGGCAGUCGAGCUUUGUCAUGAGCUUCUACCGUAUCUGGAGUCGGAGCUCGACAAGCUGAAGGCAUUCUCCCUGACUCAUGUGAAGUUCAGCAGAGCUGUUCGCUGUCCAUGCUCGUUCAGCCGAGAUGUGUGUCGCAAACACAAGAAGAAGGGUUGUGCAGAGAUUGGCUGUCAGCACUUUGCUCCACUGGUGGAGGGAUUACGUCCACGUUGUUCCAUCGGAGGACGCCCAGAAGUAGACAUCAGUGAUGUCCGGCAAUACUGGCCAUGCUUCUCUGAAGACGCGCAGACUUUGGAACGUUCAGAUGGGAAGCUGGAUCAGUCUGACCUUGACCUGGAGCUUGUGACUGGAGAUGCUGCUGCAGAAGCCAAAGGGUUGGCUAAAGUUCAGCAGGUUACCUCGGCCACAGUGGCCAAGAAAGCUGCAGUCUAUCACGGAGCACUGCAUAAGCAUUACACCGCUGUGCAGAGAAGCCUGGAGAUUAACGUGAUGGACUGUGUCAAGAGUUUGCGUGCUGAGGGUCACAUCAAUCACGACUGCGUGAAGGAAACGCGGGCAGUGAUGAAGUCAAGUGGACACACUGAAGCUCUGGAUCACCUGUGCUGUGUGCUGGAGGAUCUGUCGGACGAAGGCAUGUGCUACUUUGUGGAGCGUGUGCUACCAUUUCAAGGUCUGUCUCAGCUGGUGGAAACAUUCCAAGCUUGUCCCGGUCCUGGAAAGUGCACUCUGAACCACCAUGAUCUCCACACUGCUCCCAAUGCUGAUGUCAAAGGGAAAGUGUUGGAUGAAGCUGACAGUGCAAGUGCUACAUCUUCUUCACUGAAAGACAAGGUGAAAACUGGGAUGUCUGAGCUUCACCAGGAAGUACUGCGUUCAAGCUAUGUGGAAUUAAAGUGCAGUUUGGACGUAGAAGAGGGCAUUCUGGAUCAUCUCUAUGCAGAGAGCAUCGUUACCAAGCGCUUCUGCAAGAAACUCCGCACUAUGGAUGAUCGUGAAGACCAGGCGUCUGAGUUCUUGGAAGCACUGCCAGGUUGUGGUGCGCAGGCCUUUCGUCAGUUUCUAUCCGCUCUCAAGGACAGUACGAAGCUGGCUCACAAGGAGCUUGCCGAUCUGCUGAAGGAGAAGCUGGUGGAGAAGUCUUUCGAUCUGUGAUCGUUGUCGCUAUUGUGGAUUCGGCAGGUUUCGGUGAUGUUUGGUGACAUGGUUCCACUUUCCUGACUUCUGCAGGCAUGAUGCCCACAAUCUUCCACUGGCCCACGCAGUUGCUGGUACAGGACGCGACAUUAUUUCCAUUAUAUUUCUUCAUGUGCCGUUCGCAAAUUUCACUGUCUUUUUUCUUUAUCUUUUCACAGCAAUUUGUGCUCAGUGGUUAACAUUCUUAUUUGUUAGAAGCAUCUUUAGUGUCUGGACUUCUUUGGAAGGCCGUGAGAAAUAUUGUUUUGUGCAGUAGUUCAUAAUUUCCGUAUUUUUGUAAAUUUUUAGUAAACUUCUGAUUUACUACUCGACAUUGUUUGUAUUUUAUAUUGCGUUAUUGGAUUGAUUUUGAUUUGCAAGUAAACAUUCUGAUAAGAUCUGAUGGCGACGAAGGAAGAUGACUUUUAGUUUUUACUUGUUCAUCCGGAGUGCGCAAACUCACUACAUUCAUUGCGUUAUUAUCUUUCCUAUCUUCGCGGAUAUAUAUAUUUUUGUUCAGUAUGUAGUUUUGCCAUAUCUGCAUCAAUUGUACUCUUUAUUGCUCUUAUUGAAUCCCUAAAACUAGAAAUCUAUUCAUGCUGUUAUUCCCAUAAUUUUUCAUUUUAAAAAUUUCUCAAAGUGUCGUUGUUUCCUUACCAUGGCCUGUUUAACAAGCGAUGUCAUCGGGCGGGGUCGUACUGCUGAAGUAAUUGUGGAUUUUCUAUACUGAGAUGUGCUGAGAAUCUUUCAUUUCUUUCUUUGAAGAUUGUUUUGCGUAUAAAUUUUAUGAAAUUCAUGCAUUCUGGUUUCUACCGGGACGUUAUUUGGCCAGUUUUCUUUCUUCUCCAGGCUUUAAAAGUUGUUGUGAAGUAUUUGCCUACAUGAUUUCUACUGAGAUAGUUUGGGCAGCUUUUUUCUCCCUUACUCACCCUAUGUCUCACAGCACAGGAAUUAUAAAGUACACAUAUCGUUCUUUUUUUAUCUGUUCAAAGCUCACAAUAUUGACAGCUGUGUUUAGUUUUGUUUUGUUCACCUUAUCUACUUGCCAAUUCUUCAGGAACUUUCAAUUAUUGAGGGAAGACACCAAUGUCAGUGUCACUAGUCUAUUG